UUUUCUCGUCAUUCAUACCUGACGACCAUUCAAUAAAGACUUACUUAAAAGAGAAAAAAUGUUUAAAUUUUGCACUUACACAUUAUUGACAGUUUUGACUGCUAAUCUUUUGGCAACUGCUGGUGAUACAACGUUAACUUGGACUUCUCCCAUUCUCCCUAAAUUAUAUUCCAACAACCCAGACAUUAAUCCGCUGGGACAACCAAUUACCCCACUCGAAGAAUCAUGGAUUGGUUCUUUAAUUAACAUAGGUGCAAUGAUAGCACCACUACCCUUUGGAUUUUUAUCUACAAAACUAGGUCGCAAAAUAAGUCUUUUAUGUAUGGCCGUUCCUGCCAUCGUAUCUUAUUUAAUAUUAGCUUUCUUACAAAAUCUCUAUUGGUACUACUUUGCCCGUUUGCUCGCUGGAGUGACCGCAGGAGGGGCUUGCUCCAUUCUUCCAGCAUACAUUGCCGAAGUUGCCGAAGAUUCAAAUAGAGGUAUGCUCUCAGUAACUCUAAAUGUGUUCUGGACUUUCGGCAAUUUAAUUCCCUACGUUCUAGGACCCUAUCUUGCCAUAAUACCAUUCAAUUUAAUUUUAGCAUUCAUCCCAGCACUUUUUUUCGUUUUGUUUUUAAUCAUCGCACCCGAAUCUCCUUACUAUCUUGUCGCCAAGAACGACAUUGACAAAGCCGAAGAGUCACUCAUGAAACUACGAUCGAGAAGUAGGAGUGGCGUUGGAAAAGAACUUCUCAGUAUCCAAGACUCGUUAAAACUCGCUGAGAAAAAGGGCAACAUUUUUGAUUUAUUUAAAACUAGAGCAAACUUAAAAGCUUUGAUUAUCUCGGUUACUUUAAUGGUGUUUCAACAACUGUCUGGUAUUAACGCAGUAUUGUUUUACACACAACUGAUUUUUGAAGCUGCUGGCUCGAAUCUUCCAGCAGAAAUUUCUUCAAUCAUCAUUGGGUUAGUGUUGCUUACGUCUAGUUUAAUCAUACCUUUCUUCGCUGACCGCUUAGGAAGGAAAGUCUUCUUAAUGAUCUCAACAGUGGGUACGAUGGUGUCGUUGGUGAUACUUGGUACUUACUUUUUCUACAAAGAGUCACUUCCCGACAAUGUGAAGUGGGUUCCUAUCUUGAGCGUAGUUUUGUAUAUUGUGUCUCUGAAUUUAGGUUUGGGUCCGUUUGUUUGGACAAUAAGUUCAGAACUGUUUUCUGUCGAUGUGAAACCUAUUGGAACGUCGUUAGUUUCAUUGACUUGUUGGGUGGGUAGUUUUAUUACUACUAAGUUUUUUAAUGAUCUAAACUCUGCUAUGGGUCAAGCUGGCACGUUUUGGCUGUUUGCUGGCUUUUGUUUUUUGGCACUUUUAUUUACAGUGUUUUUUGUACCCGAAACUCGAGGAAAAAGUUUUGCAGAAAUUCAAGAAAUUCUCCAAAAAUGAUUACUGUAUUAACAUUAAAUAAAACUCGUUUUUAUAAAUUUGUAUUUAUUAAAAUAUAGAUUUUGUCUCGGUUAUAAAAUAUUCGACACGAGAGUAAGAGACAACAAUAGUUUCUGUCUUUAUUUAACUAUAUAGCGUUGGCACAUCGUUCUUAACACGUUUAUCAAUAACACAGUUAAAUUCCAAAUCUAGAUUUAUGUUAUAAACGCAGCAUCAAGUCGUGUAGCUUUUAUCGAAAUUAUGAAUUAUUCAACUUCAGAAGGGCAAUUUUGUCAUAACAAGUAGCUUCGUGCUGAGCCUAAUGCAACAAAAUUGGAAUAACGAUGAUAAACGCGACCAAUAAAUCAGUCAGAGGUUAUAUUUCCAUUAUCGCAAAAUUGGAAUUCACUUUAAUUUAUUGAAAUUUCAAUUA